GCAUUGUUAUACCUCUUUGUUGGAUGUAGAUAUGUGGUGACAUACAUGGACAGUUCUAUGAUAUGAAAGAGCUUUUCAAAGUUGGAGGCGAUUGUCCACAGACUAAUUACUUGUUUCUUGGAGAUUUUGUUGAUAGAGGAUUUUACUCAGUUGAGACAUUUUUGCUUCUACUUGCCUUGAAGGUGAGAUACCCAGAUCGGAUAACUCUCAUCAGGGGAAACCAUGAGAGCCGGCAAAUCACACAGGUUUACGGAUUCUAUGACGAGUGCUUACGGAAGUACGGUUCAGUGAAUGUUUGGAGAUAUUGCACUGAUAUAUUCGAUUAUUUAAGUUUGUCAGCGCUUAUUGAAAACAAGAUAUUUUCUGUUCAUGGUGGUCUGUCACCAUCAAUUUCCACAUUAGACCAGAUUCGAACUAUUGACCGGAAGCAAGAAGUACCUCAUGAUGGUGCCAUGUGUGACCUCCUAUGGUCGGAUCCAGAAGACAUUGUUGAUGGUUGGGGUUUGAGUCCCCGUGGUGCUGGUUUCUUAUUUGGUGGCAGCGUUGUAACUUCAUUUAACCAUUCAAAUAAUAUCGACUUUAUAUGCCGCGCCCAUCAGCUGGUAAUGGAAGGUUAUAAGUGGAUGUUUAACAACCAUAUAGUUACUGUAUGGUCAGCUCCAAAUUACUGUUACAGAUGUGGCAAUGUAGCUGCGAUUCUUCAGCUGGAUGAAAAUCUUGAAACGCAGUUUCGUGUGUUUGAAGCAGCUUCACAGGAAUCAAGAGGAGCUCCUGCUAAAAAACCCCCGCCAGAUUACUUCUUGUAGAGUUGAUCUCAGAAAGAUUAUUAGAAUUCAAUAUUUUUGAGUUGAGUGAAAUUUCGCUAAAUAGUUACCUGGUGAUUAUACUGUUGUGCGGUACAGGAGGAACUGUCGGCAGACAGGCUCAGUGAUGAGAAUAGUUUGAAAACGAGGUAGUAUAGUAUUCGUAAACGUGUUUGAUAAUUGUAUUGCUCCGAGUGCCUAUUCUUUCACGUAUCUAUUUUUGUGUUUUCUUAGAUUCCAAAGAACACUGAUACAGAGAAAUUACUUAUCUCCCAUCUGCUGAGUAUCAACUGUUUCUAUUAUAAUAGCACAAAAUUUAUUGAGAGAACCUAAUAUAGAGCUAAUGUAUUUGUAUGUCAUCUGGAGAUUUACCUCCCCUUGUACC